CGAAGUAACACUCCGUUAUUGCUACUUGCCAACGACGCUUCUUGUGCCCGCUGGCCCCGUGUAACAAACGAUGAUUUCGUUCGUCAAAUUAACAGCUAAGAUUCGCACCGACAGCAGCAUCGGCCCGGCAUCCGACCAGGCUUGAAUCUAGAGAUCAGCCUUCCCAAACGAUCUCCGCGUUCGCCGUGUCUGGCAUAGGACGGUAGCACUGGACUCUUUCCCUCGUAUUAUGGUCGAGCUUCUUAAUAUCGAGGCGAAGAAGGGCUGCAGACGGCGUCAGCGAAGAGAUCACGCCGCACAAUCGAUCCAAGAUGGAUGCGCUUUCGCAGUUUCUAGCCAACAUUGACUCCACUCAGCGUAGAGACCACGCGGACAGAGAGUUCAUCGUCAAGUACCAAAAACUCGCCGACGCCAAAGCAGCCGCGGACGCGCGAGCCCGGGCUGCUGAGAAGGUCUCUGCUGCGGGGCUGCUGCCGCCGCCCCCGCAAGAAGACGUUGAGAAACCUCCCGACCGCACUGCGACUCCGGUUGGAGCAUUUUUCUAUCGCAGUCCAUCCUCGCCGAAAUCACCAUCCGUUACAUCUCCGCCCGCAUCGGAGCCCGCCGCAACUCUUACUCUGCGCCAGCAACUCGCUGAUGCUCAGCGUGCUCGCACGUCGCUUGAGAAGGCGAACGCCCAGAUCCCGAACCUGCUCGCUACCCAAAAUGCGCAGACGCGUCAGAUACAGUUAGCUGAGAAGGAGAUUGCGUCCCUGCGCCGCAAGCUUCGCGACCGCGAAGACGAGAUUCGCGAAAAGCAAAAGCUGGCCAGUGAUGUGCAAGACGAGAUGAUCAGUCUGGGCCUUCAGCUUAGCGUGGCAGAGCAAAAGGCAGAAAAGCUGGAGGGCGAGAAUAGGGCGCUGGUUGAGCGAUGGAUGAAGGAGAUGGGCGGUAGGGCGGAGAAAAUGAAUCGGGACAUGGGCUUUGAUGAGGACGGGAAGAGGACCUGAAGAGAAGCAAACGAUCGUACUUGCGACCCUUGCCCGAAGAAGGUGAUCUUGUCGUCUCUUUCAUGGCAUUCCCUCAAUGAUGCACAUCGGUCAUCACCAACGCUCAUCGGCCUGCAUCCACAUGCAACCCAUGCCGUCAUCUCUAUGCAGACACAGGAAUGUUGCAGAACAUAUCAGCUAAACUGCUCACUGGCGAGAAAGUGCGAAAGAGUCGAAGUCAUCUGCUUUCUCUUACGCCUUUUACCAUUUAAUUCAACUGUCAACAACGCGUGCCUCCCUACCAGCACCAACUAUCGAAAAUGUGUGGCUGCCAGCGCGAACGAGAUCGUGCAUGUUUAUCACCCUCAUACGUGCCCGACCGAGUGCAAGCGAUCGUCUACGAGUUCCAACCUAAUGAGUCUGUGGAUUGAGCUUCUACAAUGCGAAUAACCUAAUGAAUCGGGACGGACUUAUCUCCCCGAGCUUUAGAUGCAGGUGACAAAUCAGAGGGGCGGGAAACUCACCCAUAUGAUUCAGAUAUCAGACAGGAUUUCUAUAAUGGAUAUCGCCUUCACAGGAACGUUAAAGACUGACCGGGUGACAAUACAAACCACAUGAGCUAUUUCCCUUACACCAAGACAUUGCUCUUUGUCUAUUUCAUUCUUCGCUUUUGUGAGCACUCAGCGUG